CUGCAGCUCGUCGAACAGCAAUGGCGGAAACAAUGAAGCUAAGUAAAAAUCAUGCUCCUCCCAGUGCUUCCAGUAAAAUGUCCAGCUACAGAGACUGCAUGGACACGUUACUGCAGCUGUUAGCAGUCUUCGGAAAAGAGCUGAAAUUAGGGGAUGCUGCUUUGAAAAUAGAUGUCAACCCCAGCGCUGUGAAUCUUCCAUCAUCUCCACCUACUCAUGUUUACAGCUGUUUAAAAGGACAUAUCACUAAACUACAGGCUCUUUCAGAAAGCCUACAGGCAUUGGUGGAUGCUGAGGGUGAUAGAUCCUCUUUAAAGAACACAUCAGAAGAUGUUGUCACGUCAUCUUCAGGCAGAACACAAGCGGCUACACAGUCUGAGCACCAUUCACACAGCUCGGGGGCUGCGGAGAGCAAGACGGCGGCUGAUGACGUCAUGAUUCAGAUCAGAGCCGGGAAGUCAGAGAUUGAGCGAAGAAUAUCUGCAUUUAUGGAACGCAAGCAGAUGGAGAUCAAUGAAAACAAUGUACGCGAGUUUUGCAACGUGAUCGACUGCAAUCAGGAAAACAGCUGUGCCAGAACAGAUGCAGUAUUCACUCCGUACCCAGGAUUUAAAAGCCACGUAAAAGUCACACGGGUGGUAAACACUUACGGACCACAGACCCGUAGUGGGGGAGACCAAGGAGAGGCUGGGGAGCAACAGAGGGGGCUAGUGAUGAGAGACUGUGGAAAUGCAGCCAUAGAGGAACGACUUAACAACAUCGAGGCUCACCUGAAACUUCCAGCAGUGGGUCCAGUCCCAUUGAGUGUCUACCACAGACUCAAGAAGCUGGAGGAUCGAAUCCUCGAGUUGGAGGGACUCUCGCCUGAGUACUUUCAAUCCUCAAGUCACCUGCACAAGCGACAAAAGACAUCCCCUGCUCAGUCCUGCAGCCUGACAGAGCUGGAUGAGAAGAUAAGCGCAGUGAAAGCGGCUCUGCUGAAGAGGGCGACUGAGUUUGGGCCUGGAUAUGGAACAGAUUGUUCAUUGUGAUACAUACAUAAGCACAAAUAGUCCCAAUUCAUCUGCUCAAGCAUUCACCUUGUAUCAUCAUUCUUUUUCUCCAGCUCUCAGCAACGUUUUAGCAUCAUUUUCACAUUAUUACAAGAAUCUCCCAAAAAAAUAUACUACUGUAAACUGUUUUCAGGUUAAAUGAAAUAUUAUUCUUCUGUAAAUAAAGCUAUAUUUUA